AUGUUUAUUGUUGUAGGUGAACCUUUUUCUGUUCCUUUAAUUGAUUUGAUUGUCAAAAUUGGCAUAAUCAACUGUGUUGUAUGGAAUUUGUAUGGUCCAGCCGAAGCAACUAUAGAUUGCACAGUUCAUUCUAUCAACGUUACAAAUACUAUACAGGGCAUUCCAAUUGGUACACCAUUUUCUAAUUACCGAUGCAUGAUUAUGAAUGAAUAUUCACAACAAUCAAUCACGAAUCAAGAAGGUGAGCUGUUUGCAGGAGGUGUUGGUGUCUUUGCUGGUUAUCUUGGACGUGAUGAUUUAACUGCAAAAGCUCUUCUUGAAAUAGAUGGUGAACUAUUUUAUCGAACAGGUGAUCUUGUUAGAAUGAAUAACAACGGCCUUCUUCAUUAUCAAGGAAGAAAAGAUCAUCAAAUCAAAUUACAUGGACAAAGAAUUGAACUUGGUGAAAUAGAGCGAUGUUUACUUAACAUUACAUCCAUAUCUGCUUGUGUUGUCAUGAAAUGGAAUGAUGACCAUCUAGUUGCUUAUAUUCAAUCUUUCCAUGCGAAUGAAGAAGAACUACGUGAACAUUGUCAAUCUCAUCUUCCACCACACAUGAUUCCAUCCAUAUUUAUUAUUCUUGACAAACUACCUCUCAAUCAAAAUGGAAAAGUAGACAGAAAACAACUUCCUUCGCCCGACUUUUCAUUACCAACUUCGUUAUCACCCGAUCAAUCUGAUACUCCUCUUAAUCAGUUCGAAGAACGUAUACACACUAUUUGGUGUCAAGUUCUUCAUUGUAAUCAAAAUCAUAUUCUCAAAAAUACAAGCUUUUUCAGUGUGGGUGGCCAUUCACUUUUAUUUAUUGAACUUUAUCAUCAUUAUCAAUCAGUAUUUAACUUUGAUACUCAUUCACUUUCGAUUGCUCCAUUUCUUCAACAACCAACUAUAUUUCAACAUUCACAAUUACUUCAAACAGUUAUAAUAAAUUAUGUCAAGGCAACACAAUGGCACACAUUACAUAUAAAUGAAGGUAUUGCCUCCUUUGCUCAAGAACGUAUAUUUCUUGAUGAACAAGUUCGUUUUUCGAGUGAUAUUGCUAUCUAUAAUGAACUGUUUACUUUACAAGUUGUUCAAGGAUCAUUAUCAUUCAAUCGUUUAUUGCAAGCACUUCGAUAUGUUUUGAAUAAACAGAAAAUUUUACGUACAUCUCUUGUAUUUAAUAAUGAUAAUGGUAUUUUGAAACAAUGCAUUACAGAUAUACAUAAAACAUUCACAAUAACUAUGAAUCGAACAUUUCAAAACGAAAACGAACUUCGAGAUAUUAUUUACCAAACAACGAUUAAUCCUAAUCUCUUCGAUUUAUCAGUUGGUCGUGUUUUUCAUGCUGAAAUUCUGAAACAUCAAAUCCCUUUAAAUGAAAAUGAAAAUAAUAACAAUGAGUUCAUAACUAAUGCUGAUGUUCUCCUCAUUGCUUUUCAUCAUGCAGCAUUUGAUAGAGCAAGUUCUUCGAUCUUUUUUAAGGAUCUAUCUUUAGCCUGUAAUACUAAUGCAAUAUCAGAAGAAGAUGAUGAUGAAUCAUUGCAAUAUAUUGAUUAUAGUAUACAUGAACGUCUAAUUGAUAUGACAACAUCUCGUGAGUUUUGGUAUUUACAAUUAGAAGAAUACAAUUUCGUAUAUCGAUUAUUACUACCAGUUGAUCGACACCGUUUGUCUACUGAUCAUCGAUCGACUUCUGCUUCUAUCAGUCAGAUCUCUUUUGACAACGAGAUAUCACAAGCAUUUCUUGAUUAUGCUUCUAUACACCAUGUGACACCAUUCCAGUUGGGUCUAACUAUAUUAUAUGCUUUUCUUUUCAAGUUAACACAUGGUGAUGAUGAUUUAUGUAUUUCUUGUCUUAAUGCUAAUCGAUACCGAAAUGAACUGCAGAAUAUAAUGGGAAUGUUUGUUUCAACAUUACCAUAUCGUAUUCAAAUUGAUCCUCAUUGGUCAUUUGAUGAUCUUGUUAAAUAUGUACAAGAAAAAUGUAUAUCAAUUCUUGAACAUUCACAUUAUCCACUUCAACAUAUUCUUGCUGAUUUGCAUAUUAAUCAAUCAAAUAUUUCAUUUCUCGAAACAAUGUAUGACUUUAUUACUGUAUCGUCACACAGCGAAGAAUUAUCUCUGGAUGGAGCAGAUUUUAAACAAGUGUCAUUUGAACAAUCGUUUGAAGUGGCUAAGUUUGAUUUUAUGUUAACAUUUGUCUAUAAUCCAAUGUUUGAAAAUAAUAGAUUAUCAUUUCGUUUAACUUGUUCACAUGAUCUGUUUGAUGAGAUUACAGUCACAAAUAUAGGUCGCAGAUUAGAAUAUUGUUUUCAACAACUUUUUUCAUCAGAUGAAAUUAUCAAUCGAAUUGAUACAUGUUUUACAUCUAUAUCGAAAUUUGAUCUUAUUCUACCAGAAGAAAGUCAAGAAAUGGAAGAUAUUAUGUUUUGUCGACAAUCAUAUAUUAUAAACGAAGCACCAGCAUCAUUUGUACAACUUCGACUAUGGCAUAAUGAAUGUGUUCAUUUCACUCCUCACAUAUCACAAGUACCAAUCUACAACGUGCCUUUUGUUUAUUCUCUCGACUCACAUCAUACUUUAUCGGCACAACAUCUUCGUCAUGCUCUUCACCUAAUUGUUACAAAACAUGAAUCUCUUCGAACAUCACUCACUUUUUAUACCGAAAACGAUCGACUCAUACAACAAAUCAUUGAUAUGAAUAAUAAUAAUAGACAACUAUUUACAUUUGCUGAAAGCACUUAUCAAACCGUUGAACAACUGAAUGAGAUUUUACAUGACGAGAAAUGUAAUCCUCAUCUUUUUGAUGCUGCUCAGGGUCAUGUCUUUCAAUGUCAUCUCAUUUAUUACAAAUCAAUCUCCUCAAAUCAUCUUCUUUCUCACAAAGAUCUACUUAUUUUCAAUUUUCAUCAUGCUUUGUUUGAUUUUCCAUCAAUGAAUAUCUUUCUUCAUGAUCUCAAUCAAGCAUAUACAACAGGUCAAUUAUUAUAUGAUGACGACACUAAUCUUCGUUAUCUCGACUAUGCUGUUAUUGAACAACAAAUGUCAAUGACUGGCGCAAGUAUGUUUUGGCUUGAUGUUCUUCAUGAUUGUAAACUUGAUCAGCCUUUGUCAUUACCAUAUGAUCGAUAUCGUCUCUCAAAUGAACAUCGAACUGGUCGUGGAACACCUAUUUGUUUUGACUUUGGUCAAGAUCUUUCACAUGACUUUCUCAUCCAUGCAUCAUCAAA